AUGCUCACGGUCAGACCUGUCGCUGGCUCUGGAGGACUGCAUGGCCGCCCUGGAUCUGUUCCUCAGAAACCACUUUGAGGAGGCGCAGGCUCGGCUCAGAUCCAGAACCAAAGACAGCAUGUACCACGCUCUGACCUAUGCCACCAUCCUGGAGAUGCAGGCCAUGAUGACCUUUGACCCCCAACACAUCCAGACUGCGGGAAACACCAUGAAAGAGGCCCAGGCCAUCUGUCAGCGGCAACGCAAGAAGUCAAGCUUCUCCAAGAACUUCACAGAAGAGGAGCUUCAUGCUGAAGUUUGCUAUGCUGAGUGUCUCCUGCAGAGGGCAGCACUCACCUUCCUUCAGGACGAAAACAUGAUCAGUUUCAUCAAAGGGGGAAUCAAAGUUAGAAACAGCUACCAGACAUACAAAGAGCUUCACACAGUCCUCCAGUCGUCUGGAUACACUCACGGUGAAAACCACGGCCAUUUUGAGGGUGGCGUUAAACUGGGAGUCGGAGCCUUUAACCUAAUGAUUUCAAUGUUGCCCACGCGGACGCUCAAGCUGCUGGAGUUUGUCGGUUUCACUGGUAAUAAGGAGUUUGGUCUUCAGCAGCUUCUGGAGGGCUCUGCAAAGAGCACAUUCAGGUCCUUUCUUUGUAACAUGCUGCUGCUCUGUUAUCACACCUUCAUGAGCUUCAUACUAGGCACUGGAGAAGGAGAUGUUGAAGAUGCAGAGAAACUGUUGCAGCCAUAUCUUGAAAAAUAUCCUAAGGGAUCCAUCUUCUUGUUCUUCGCUGGUCGAAUAGAAGAGAUUAAAGGCAACUUGGAUGCUGCUAUCAAGCGUUUUGAGGAGUGCUGCGAGGUCCAGCAGCAGUGGAAGCAGUUCCACCACAUGUGUUACUGGGAGCUCAUGUGGUGCUUCACAUACAAGAGGCACUGGAAGAUGGCCUACUUCUACGCUGACCUGCUCAGCAAGGAGAACACUUGGUCCAAGGCUACUUAUGCGUAUAUGAAAGCAGCAUACCUCAGCAUGCUGACUCCAGAUGAUUGCCUAACCUUCGGGGAGACUGCGUUCACUCUGUUCAGGCAGGUCCCAGGGCUGAAGCAGAAGAUUGCGGGGAAAUCUUUACCAACUGAGAAGUUUGCUAUCAGGAAAGCCCGUCGCUACCUUGCAGAAAACCCAAUUCCUCUUCCCGCUCCUCCACUGGAGAUGAUGUACAUCUGGAACGGCUACACAGUCAUUGGGAAACACAAAGACCUGACUGAAGGCAUGCUGAAAACACUGGAAGAGGCACAAGCUAAACUCGACAGCACCCCAAGGUCUGAGUUCACCAUAGAUGACCAGUGUCUGCUGAGCCUCUUGAAGGGACUGUGUCUCAAACACCUGGGGCAUCAAGAGGAAGCCGAACACUACUUUACCCUUGUGCUCUGCAAUGAGUCUCAGAUCAAGUACGACCACUACCUGGUUCCUAAUGCCCUGCUGGAGCAUGGCCUGCUGUGUCUGGAGCAAGGCAGGAAGGCUGAAGGUAUCAGACUCCUAGAAACCGCAAAGCAAAAUUACAAACACUACUCGAUGGAAUCACGGACACACUUCCGUAUUCAGGCUGCUCUGCACAAGGCCAAGGGUGCGGUGGAGAACGGCAUCCAUGUUCCCUCCAGCCCAUAACGGACAGAGGAGGGCACACUAGAGCAGAGACAGCUUUCUCCGACUGCAGUCCCUCAAUUUUACACUCAGCCCAACCCAGCUACGCCCAUUUGAGCGUGUGAUUUGAAUGUUUUUUUCAUCAGAAGGGUAGGAGAAGAUGCCUGAAAUGUGCCUAUAUUAAUGAAACAUUACUUCUAGCAGGCUUGUUUGUCUAGCACAGUGGCCACCCAUAAGGGGCGCAUAAGAGUAGGAAACCAGGUGACAUUUGUGGAGUUUAUACUGCAGAUUGCCUCCACUACUACCCAAGGAUAAACAUUUGCCCAGUUCAGGGUGGUGUCCCAAAUACCCCCCCCAUAUAAAUUACAGACACUAACUCCACCUGGCCAGCAGCACCAUUGACCUGGCUUGUACAAAGCUCUCCCACAUCUUUUAAUAUAAAUUAAAAAUGAUUGAUGAAAUGAUUAUGUGUUUGACAUCAGGUACAUAUAAUAUCAUCAAAGUCACCCAUAGGGUCCAUGAGGACUGUUUCGUAUUGUGGAACAGUUUAAAGAUUUCACCUUUAUUUAGAUAAUUGAUCAAAACCAAUAUGACCUACAUUUUAGACCCCAUCAACUGUGGUUCAUUGUGUGAGUGAGUGAAAAUGUUAUUAUUUAUUUUACAUUUGCUUCCUUUAUUUGAAACCUAUUGAAAUAUUGAAGAUGCAAAUUUCUUCAUGGAGAAUACUUUCUUUCAGUCUCCUUCUGAUGAAAUAAUUAAAUCUGCAAUCCUGUUGUAUUUACAGUCACAUGUAAUGGCUUUGGCACAGAGCUUUGGAAAUCAGCCAGUCAUGCAAACUCUCCAGAGUCAAAGAAUCAAGAGUUUCAGCGAGAGUUGUAUUGUAAAUUACACCUUAUAACACAAAUUGUCCUGUUUUAAGAGGACAGAUGAAUGUGUCUUUUAGAAAGGCAGACUCCCUCCUUUUCUCCUCCUUGCUUGUAGGACAGGCUCCAACAGUACUUGAGCUCAAACAAAUAGGCCAUUCACGCCGAGCAGCGAAGGACUGCGUGCUUGUCCGCCUGUUGCAUCUUUAGUGAGUGAAGAAGCUCUGAACAGGAACCACCACUUCCUGCUUUGCAAAUGUCUUCUGCUGCUCCUGUAUCUGCCAUGCUUGAUUACAACCACCUAUCAAGGGACAUGGACAUUUUAUCCACGCUCAAAUAAUAAUCUAUAUAUGAACAACCAUUAAUGAUUGAUGAUAAGACAGAAAGGGGUCAACUCUUAUCAUGUUGGUGGCAAGGUUAUUUGAAGGGCUGUGUCUCAGCAACAGUGUCCAAAACCUGGUAACUCAGAUGGUGUCUCAAGUGUUGGAAUAAGAGCACUGCUGAUUUAUUCAUGAUUAGAUUAAGGUUCGGGAUUCAGGACAAUGACUAGAAAUUUUUUUAUGGUGAAGGAAAUGUACUUUCAAUCUGGUUUUACCAGCUCUCCUGAAUAUUUAGGUAUCAAAUAAUAUUUAAUCUACUGAUAAUUGAUUAAACCUAUUUUUCUUUUUUUCAAUUUAAAUUUCAAAUUUCAAAAUCAAGUUGUGCAGCUAUAGCUGCAAUAAAUUUACCAGAUUUAGUGGCAUUGUGAUGUUUACAAUCAGCAUAUUUUAUUGGGCACGGCUACUACUGAGCAGAAUGACAUUCCUGUACAUACUGAAUGUUUCUAUUGUAAUUUAUGAUGAUAUGAUGACAAGCAACUAAAAAAACC